GGCCCGGCGCUGUGGGAUCUCGGGGGACCCGGGCCUGGCACGGACCAGACGCUGCUGCCGCCUCCGCUGUGAGCCGAGAUCCGGCCGGGAAGCUGCUGCUCCCGGGCUGCAGAAAACUCCACAUUUCACUCCAGCUCAUCCCGUCCUUCCAUGGCACAGGGCAGAGGAAUGGCUGCAGCGGAGCCAGUUCAGGGGCUGGUGAGCUUCGAGGAGGUGGCCGUGUAUUUCACUGCAGGGCAGGGGGCUCUGCUGGAUCCUGCUCAGAGAGCCCUCUACAGAGACGUCAUGCAGGAGAACUAUGAAAACGUGAGCUCGCUGGGGUGUCCAGUUUCCAAACCUGAUGUGAUCUCCCAGCUGGAACGAGGGGAGGAGCCGUGGGUCCCGGAUCUCCAGGGCUGUGAGGAAGGGGAGAUGCCGAGAGGUGCCUGUGUAGCAGGUGCUGGGAUGGUGAGUGAGGAGAAGAAGCAGAAUACUCAGCAGGAAAAUUCUGAGCAAGUGGCAUCACAUGGGGGAUUAUCGCAUGGCUCCAGAGGGAAUGUGUCCAGGCAUCGUGUGCAGGGGAAAGUCUGUGAGAGUCAGCACAGGCCAGAGAGAGGGCAGAGAAACCAGCCAGCGGAGAAAGUGGGUAACUCCAUUAAUUGUCAGGGAACUCACCAGGACCUCCUGGAAACCACAGCUCAGCCAAGAAUACCUACAGGAGAGAGAAAAAACACAUGUGCUGAGUGUGGAAAACAUUUCACUAGCCACUCAGGCCUUUUAAAACAUAAGAGAAUCCACACUGGAGAGAGGCCCUAUGGAUGCAGUGUGUGUGGGAAAACCUUCAGUCAGAGCAUUCACCUUAUUCGACAUCACAGGAUCCACACAGGAGAGAAACCCCAUGAAUGCAGUGAGUGCGGGAAAACCUUCACUCUGAGCUCCACCCUUAUUAACCAUCAGAGGAUCCACACAGGAGAACGACCGUAUACAUGUAGUGAGUGUGGGAAAAAGUUCACUCAGAGCUCAGGUCUCGUUAAACAUCAGAGGAUCCACACAGGAGAGAAACCUUAUGAAUGCUGUGAGUGUGGGAAAAGCUUUACCGACAGGUCAGACCUUAUUAAUCAUCAGAGGAUCCACACAGGAGAGCGACCGUAUACAUGUAGUGAGUGUGGGAAAAAGUUCACUCGGAGCUCAGGUCUUCUUAUACAUCAGAAGAUCCACACAGGAGAGAAACCCUACAAAUGCUGUGAGUGCGGGAAAAGCUUCAUUCAGAGCUCAGCCCUUAAUAAACAUCAGAGGAUCCACACAGGGGAGAGAACCUACGAGUGCUGUGAGUGUGGGAAAAGCUUCAGUCAGAGCUUUCACCUUAUUCGACAUCACAGAUUGCACACAGGAGAGAAACCCUACAAAUGCUGUGAGUGCGGGAAAAGCUUCACUCAGAGCUCAGCCCUUAAUAAACAUCAGAGGAUCCACACAGGUGAGAGACCCUACGAAUGUUGUGAGUGUGGGGAAAGCUUCUCUGUAAAGUCAGACCUUAUUGAACAUCAGAAUAUCCACAUGGGAAAGAUACCUCAUCAGUGCUCUGAUUGUGGAAAAACUUUCACACAGAGUUCAUCCCUUAAUGCACAUCAGAGGAUCCACACGGGAGAGCGCCCCUAUGAGUGCUGUGAGUGUGGGAAACUGUUCAGACAGAAAUCAACUCUAAUUACACAUCAGGCAAGGCAUACAGGAGAGAGACCCUAUCAAUGCUGUGAUUGCGGGAAAGGCUUCAGUGUGAGCUCAGACCUCAUUGUGCAUCAGAGAAUUCACACGGGAGAGAGACCUUAUAGAUGCUCUGAGUGCGGGAAAAGUUUCACCCGGAGCUCACCCCUUAAAAGACAUCAGAGUGUUCACAGGAGAGAGAGACAGCAUAGAAACUCUGUGUAGGGCGGAGAAAAAAAUUAAAAAAAACAAAACACAUUUGCUAAUUCCCACAUAGUGACCUUUUGGUUUGUUUGCACCAUGUGUGUCACUCUGUUCUCUCAGACCCCUCGUGUGUUGAACACUCGUGUCUUUUACAGGUCGCCCUUCUCUAGGUGAAUCCCGUGGUCCUUUCUCAUGUGAGUCACUGGAGUGUGUGUCCUUCCAGCAAGGAGUUUCCAUCAGCCCGAGGUGGGGGAAAUUGGGGUGACCACAAGUAGUCUCACUGAGUGAAAGGGGACUAGGUUUUUGUCUUCUACUCUAAGAUUUCCCUUGGAGUCGACGUGCUCGAGGUAGCUAUCCUGAUGUAAACACACCAUUCUGUUUGCAGUGCUGACAUCGCCCAGGCACGGGUUGGGGUUAGCUGUCAUCCUCCCCUUUGGCCUGUCCUCAUGGACACCCAUUUUCCUGGUCUGGACAAUCCCUAAGCAUCACGUUUAUACUGUCACCCCAGUAGCAGAGCGAUUGUUGUUCACCAAGUUCCCUCUUUGCUGACAAAAUGUCUCCUUCCCAGUUGUGCUCACGCUGGUACAGGUUGUGCUGGGCAGCAGGUAUUUUUACUUUUAUCAGUUUCCUUAUUGACAGUACAUUUCAAGAGAGCAAAGAGGAGAAGCCGGAGUAGGACAAAUGUUUCAUUUCAGCCUCUGCAAUGCCGGAAGGAAAUGGGGUGAGUCGGAGGGAUUUCCUCCUUCCCCAUCACCAUGCCCUCUCACUCCAGCAGUGCUGUCAUCUGUGUGAGGCACAAUGGAAUUUUUCCACCUCUGUUCUACCCCUCCAGCUCCCAGAGAGUCUCUGCAAUUAGUAUCAAUUUGAUCCUAAAUCUGACUCAUUAGAGCUGGCAAUGAAAAUGUCCCAAACAUGGUGAGGAAUUCCAGUGGAUCCCAAACACUGUGACAUCUUUCUGAGUUUAAAUCCCAGUUGCUGUCUAUUGACGAAGCCACUUCUGGAUUUGGGAUUCUUUGCAGAUGAGAAGGUUGGAAUUUUUCCCUAUUACGAUGAUGCUUCCCCCCGCCCCUCCCAAUAACAACUCCAUAAUAACAAAGUGCUGUUGCUGAAGCAGGUUUGAAUGGAUCAGAGGCGAAAGCAAUGGGUGAAUCUUCUUUCCUGAUUUCUGAGUCAUCAGAUAUAACCUGAUCUGGAAUUUCAUUUUUCAUGGAAGAGAAAGUGACCUACACCGCUCCGUGUUUCUCUCUGUCUCCUGAAGACCAUUUGGUCACAUAAUCGAAUAUCAGUUGUGUUCUCCAGGAUGUAGCUCAGAUUUAUCAAGGACUUUCGGAGAAAUGACUGUUGGCUAAAAGAGUCCUUCCUUAAUUUAUUGUUGUCUUUCCCCCCACCGCUGCAUGAUGACAUUGCAGAAGCUCUAGUGCAGUUCACGCACCAGGAGAGGCUGCUCCAAGCCAUUGGGCCCGCUGCCAAGAAAACAGGAGCGGGCUUAGGCCUCCAUCCACUCUGAAAUGGUAACAGCAGCAAACCCCUGAUUGCAACUAACUGAAGUAACUGGGUGUGUGUGGGCUUUUUGGGAAACGCUUUCCCUGUCUGAGCUGACGUGAGAAAACAAGUACAUGUGUGAACUUGCCCGUGAUAGAUGCUCAAAUGUGGACUGAAAUGAACUCUGUGUUGAAAGUGAGAUAACUGCAGAAUAUCUAUUUUUAAUAAGUUUUCCCUCCUUUGGUGGCUUACAGGGAUUCUGAGGCAGGAGUGUUUCUAGUCCCUAACUUACACCCUGUGCCACCAGAUUAAAGAAACAAAUUGGGCAUGUUUGGAGAAGCCAUUCCUCACUAACUCAGCUCAGAUGUUGGGUGGUUUGGUAAAGGACUGUGUUCUGGAGGAAUGGAAAUGUACUGUGACCAAGGCCAAGGAUUUGGAAGAACUCAGGCUGAUAUAGCAGACACCCACUACUUGAUUGUUUGCCCCAGAGAAGGAAGCUGUGGUGAUCUACAGUCCAGGUAAAAUUGUUUGUUUCUAACACCACUCCCUAGUUCAGUGUCACUGAUUACAGUCCCAGUGGAUGCCAGGGCUGCACUGGAAAGUCCUUCACUAUUUGGAUCCAGAGUUCCAUGAUGCAAAGUGAAUAAUAGUUGAUGCCUUUAGAGGGGACUUUCCUUCCCCAGCCUGAUUGAGCACCAAGGACUUCCAUUCUGUUAGAAUGACAGUAACGGAGAAGGGACUGCAUGUGUCAGGCUCCAGUUUCAGACAGCUGAAAGUACAAAUGUUGAGUCCUGAUUCUCUGCUUGCUCUUGUCACUUUGUUUUGCUCGUGUCUGUUGUAGUUGUACCACUCCGCCUCCACUUCCUGCUACUAUGAACGAUUGGCAGGAGAGAAUAUAGAGCCGAGGUCCUUUUUCUCAUGAUGCAAACCUUCCCACAGAGCGUGAGCCCCCUUCCACCAACACUUCUUUCAGAAGAACCAGAGAUCAAUGAACUCACAGAUGUGGAAAGCUCCUAGGCUGGUAUAGCCAACAUUUACACAGUGCUCACUUGUUGGAAAUGGGGCUUAAAAUGAAACAAACAUGAUAAGAUUUUAUAAUCUUUGACUAUGUUCUCGUUCCCAGUGAAAAUGGAAUUAAACAUGAAGUUCAUUAUUGCUUAAAGCCUAACUUAGUGAUUUCCUGAAUUAUAUUGGAACCCCGCGACUUCCAUUGGUUCACUUUUUUUUUGUUAGUACUAUACGAACUGAUGGCCAAUCCUGACAAGUUUUUUUGAUGUCACAUAUCCCCUUUGGACUGGGGAGUUCUGACAUAAAACAUCACUCCAAGGCUGAGGUGGCGGAAUGUCUAGGAGUAAUAGCGUAUAGGAGAACACAGACCCAGUCUAGAAGACAGUUAUUUCUAUUUCAAAUGGAAUUUUUUCUGACAAGCUCUAAAGUAAAAUUAAUAAGGCGACAAGUUGUGUAACCUUUUACCCAAUUAGACAGUAUGGGUCACUGAGUUCCUCUCGUCUCUGCAAGUGAAGAUGUAUGAUGUCUGUCAGGAGAUGUCCGUGAUUCUUUUUAUGAAUGGCAAUGGAUGCAUGAGGCAAUAGGUAGUUUGUUCAGGUUUUUUUGUUUGUUUUGGCUAUCCAUUAUAUUUAUGGCAACUGAGACCCUUUUUCCUUUUUUAAGGAAGUCCACUGUCACAGUUCAGCCUUUUAACCCUCAGGUAAGGCUAAUGUAACUUCUAAACGGUCCUUGGAUUUCUUUCAUUUUGGAGAUCUUUGGGGUUCAAACCUCCACAAUGCUUGUGGUUCUCAACAGCCGAUAUUUUAAGAAUAUUGGUGGCGUUAAUGGGACUUUUCCAAACUGAUGAUAACCCAAAGUUUGCCUCGCUUGAAAUGGAUCAGGUACCAAUGUUUGUAAACAAAGCGUCCUUCGCUCCUCAUAUGCCCGGAGACUUCAGGGGAAUGACUGUAAUGUGGGGUGAGCUGGAAUCCUCAACCAUAAAGACCAGGGUAAAGGCCAGAAGCCCUUUUGCACCAGCAACCUGUCAAAUAAAGAUGGACAUUCCAGGACACUGUGACUGAUCCCCUCUGGGGAAGGAAGACAUAAUAGCAGCAGCAGGCUGUGCCAGCCUUGAGCUCUCUCCCCAUACCUGAGAGAGCUUAUGAAUGUGGAGUACUGAGCCUGUGACCCCGUCACCUAGACCGCCGCUUUACCUCCUGCUCCAUGGGAGUCCAAAAAGCUGCUGAGUUUCCAUCACAUGUCAAUUUCAAGGUCUUAUUGUUUGAUUCUUACAAACUGGGUGUCAUCCCAGCCUUUCUAUUGUACUGCAGUGGGGCUCUGCACGUACCUCUGUGUGUGAACCCUGUCACAUCCACGCAGGGAAGGAGCUAGAAAAAAAUUCCCAAAUCAAAAUAACUCUAAAUAUUGCCCAUCAAAACAAUUGAAUAUGUGCUCCUCAUUCUGUGAAAGUGUUCAAAGAACCUCAGCUGUCAGAUAGAUGAUAUCAAAAUUCUGUGUAUUAAGGUCUGUCUCUAUUAAUUCUGAGUAGUAAGGUCUGUCUCUACUAAGUUUUUUAUCUUUGGAAGCCAGCAGGAGAAGGUUAGCCACAUACUGAUGAAUUCGAAGAGGGAAGCUCUAAGGUUGUGGCUUAAAUGUGAACAAUCAAUUGGUGUUAGUAUUGAAAUAUUCGAGCGGCUCAGUGCGGAUCAACUGCCUGAGUGAAAUUCAGUAGCUGAGAUGAAUAACUAAAUGCACAGCUGCCUCCUUGGUUUCUGUUUCAGGAUUUUGAAGGGUUGAUUUUCUGCUGUAUUAUUCUGAUGAUCUGGUUGAACGGAUGACUUGGUUCCAAAGCAGGAUCCUUGUUGACUGACUCAUUUCCUGAUCUGACCUGUACUGUGUACCCAAGAGCGAGCUGAUGGUGCUGGUAGUAGUUUAGGUUCUUCAUUUUGUGUGUUUUAUAUAUUUCAUCAAAAUGAACAAAGAUAGCAAGUCGUUUUCCAGUAAGCUCUCUUGGUCAGAACUGUUGAGAAUCGGGGUGGUGAUCAGCCAGUCCAACUUGGAGCCUCAUUAGCUUCCUCUCUAUUAACCCUUAGGUUCUCAUAUGGGAGAAGCUGGGCACCCAUCUAUGGUCUAACUGCAUCCUAGGGGACUCAGAGCAUUGCAAGGGAAAAUGAGCUCCCCUACACAGGCUUUCAGGAGUGGGGAAUGGGUGGAAAGGAGGUGGGCCAGGGGCAGUUUGUCUACCUGAUGAGGGGAUGGUUGAAGGGGGUAUCUCUCAGUAGGAUUGAGGGUGAUGGUGGAGUUCUCUGCUAUCACUGUCAGAGCCAGGUCCAGCUGGCACCCCCAUCCGGCUUGCCCUGGGGUUGUCUGGUCAGGCCCAGCUGAGUUUGGGGGUCUGUUUUGAAAGGUUAUAAACCAAGGUGAAAGGGACCAAACAAUCCAGAAAUGUGCUGAAGGGGGGUGGUUCUGGUAUGCUUGGCUCUGUCCUCAGCAUCGAGGCCUAGGCGGGGAGCGGAGGGGGCGGGCUGCAACUGCCCCCUCCCCAGACAGGUUCUCUCAGGCAGCUGCUGCAUGACUCCAAAUGGCCACCCUCAACCAGCAUGAGAACCGGAAGCAGGGUCCCUCUGCUCAGCCCAUGGUAGGAACACUGCCCAUGCCCCUCCCCCUGCUGUGGUGCCUGUGGGGGGCCGGAGCUCUGAGCAGACACUGCAGUGCUCAGAGUCUCCCUGGACUGAGCCCGGCCCAGAGGCAUGUGAUCCCCACUCCUGUGGCCUCAACCCCCCAGGAACCAGCAGUGAUGUUCCCUCUAACUUUUCCCAUCCAUCUGCGGAAUGUAUUUUGUUAUGUGCACCAAUAUGAUGUGUGGCGGGGCUGGGGCCAAGCGAUUUGGAGUGUGGGAGGGGGCUCAGGGCUGGGGCAGCACAUCGGAGUGCAGGGAUGAGGGGCUCGGCUGUGGGGUGGGGCUGGGGAUGAAAGGUUUGGGGUACAGGUUUCCUUUGGGCUGCAGCAGGGAGAGGCCUUCCCUUCCCUCAGCCCUCACCCCCCCCCCCCACACACACACCCUCGCUGCAGCAUCUGGGAUGCGGGAGGGGUGCCUCUUCGUGCCGCAGCAGCUCUGGGACUGGGAAGAGAGGCAUGUCUCCUCACCGCACCACUGUGCCGGGGAUGGGAGAUUCGCUGCAGCCCUGCAUGCCCAAGCUCUCCCAUCACCUCUCCCCACUUCACCCAUCCGCCUUCACCCAUCCCCCACCUCACCCCACUGCCAUCUUCCAGGCCCUCCUGUGGCCACACCCCUGAGUGCAGGGUGCACACCAGCACGGCUCUCCCAAUUAGGUGCAUGGCCCUUGGUGGUCUCCUACAUGGCCGUGGAGGUGCGCACCUUAGAGGGAACGUAGGCGCAUGUGAUUGCCUGCUGGGGCUGGAAGUUUCCACCCGGAGGCGACACGGGGCGGUCACAUCCCCAUCCCCACAUUGUACCCCUCCUGUAUCAGCAGGUGUGAGUCAUUUCUGCUGGGAGGGUUAGCUUGUCCCCUGCUGUAACCUUACCGGGGGGGGGGACACUGACUCCAUGGCAGAUGACCCCUCCCCCUUCCCAUGGUGGGAGGGAAAAUCCUUUACCCCCUUCUCCAGCUUUCUUCAUUCUUCAGCUGCAAGAGGUUUCUAGGUUGUGUUAAAUACACGGGUUGGCAGUCCCAGCCAGCUGGUGCUUGGAGCUGGCCGUGCUGAAGUGCAGGCUGCAGGGCCCUGCUGUAAGAACUUCACUGUCACCAUUCAGGGCAAUUGCACCUGGAUCCCCCCUCCGUGGCCCACCAGCAACACCCACUCUUAGACUUCCAGCCUUCACCUCUGUUGGGGGGAGACACAUCUCCCCCUCUCCUGAACAGGGUAUUUCCAGGGUGCACUGGUCCCGUUUACAUCCUGCACAGGCAACGUGGCACCAACGUCCCUCAGAUGGGCAACCGGUGCAAUGUCGUGAUCACCCACACCUUCCGCCUCCUGAUGUGCCCGGACCCGAUGGUGAGGAGUAUCGCCGAGAUUGGGAGAGAGUGGGAGACCUAUCCUCGCUCUGGUUUCGCACCCACAAUGCCUCACAACAGCUAGGGAAGAGGAUUGGCUGUUGCUGGAUGUGGUGUGAGGAGCACCAGGAACUGGGACUCCUGGUACCGUGCAUAAAGAGCUCAGACCAGCAUAAAGAGCAUCAUCACCCUGACCACCAGAAUGAUGCUGGAGAGGACCCCGAAGGAUGCCAUCUGCUGUCACUAUGCCGACAACUUAAAGCAGAAGCCAGACCAGGGCAAGGUUUUCCAGGUAACCAGCAAAUGGGAUGCCAGCAACCACUUCCUACCCAGGGGUAGCUUCACCUGGUUCGCUGACUGGUGGUUCAUCCACAGGGCCCGGCUCAACUGCGUUCCCCUGAAUGGAGCCAUCCGCCAUGGGAACUGACACAAGCGUUGCAGGAAGUGUGGCUACUCCAACGAGACCCUGCCCCACGUCAUGUGUGGCUGCCAGCCCCACACCAAAGCCUGGCAGUAAUGACACACUGCAAUCCAGGACCGACUAGUCAAAGCCAUCCCAACAACCCUGGGGGAGAUCAUCAAAUGUGCCAUCCCCGGAACGAACAGCCAGCUACGCCCAGAUAUCGUUGUGACCAGCGAAGAGCAGAGGAGAGUCAUCAUGGUGGCUGUCACAGUGCCCUUCGAGAAUAAGACCUCAGCCUUCCACGGGACCCGAUCUCAGAAGGUGGAGAAGUAUACCCCACUGGCCUACACUGAGAGCCCAGGACUACAAGGUCCAAAUCCAUGCCCUGAUCAUUGGAGCCCUGGGCACAUGGGACCCAACAGUCAGCUUGUGCUGAGAGCGUGCGGAGUCGGUCAGUGCUGCGUCCGGUUAAUGGACCAUCUGACGCCAUCAGAUGAUCCAGGGACAUGUACACCGAACAUAUCACAGGACAUCGACAAUACCAGAACGCGUGAACGAGAAAGCCAACAAGGGACACAGUGAGGGAAAUAACCCAUUUCCUUCCCCGACAGACUGUAUCCAUCCAUAGAAGACCCACCAGAUGCCGACAGAUUGAGGGACAAACUCCGCCCAUGUCCAUAUCCACUUUUCCGCUACUGACUCUGACUCUGUACGCUCUAUGGGUGGUGUACCCAAGAUCACUUAUUCCCUACCACUUUUAAAAACUUAGAUGCCUUAAUCUGGAACAAUUCUUGUUAUGUACCCUAUGUAUCUCAUCAUCUUAUAACCAAGACUUUUAAUUUUUCAUAACCCUAUCCCCACAGUCCUCAUCUGUCCUGGCUCUGAGCAGGGUCAGAUGUCCCUGUGCCAGCAGCCAGUCCAUAUCACACGCUAACACCAUGGCUGCACCUGUGGGCUGUUGGGUCUAUUAGAUUGUAAUGGACUCUUGAUAGCAGGGCUGGUUGCUCACUAUUGGUGUGUGCAGUGCCUAGCACAAUGGGGUCCCCAUCUCGGGGCAUUUAGACCCUACUGUAGAAUGGACAUAUUGAGGAAAACAAGCCAGUGUGCAGAGAUGCUGGAACAGUUUUUAUAGUGGGGCUGCAGAGCUAUUGAACCAAACUGUAAACCGUGUAUGUAAUGGAAACCACCUCUCUCCCACCCCUAGUUCCAGCACCUAUGCCAGCGUGGUAUGAAUGGCCACUGAUUGCUGUGGGAAAAAGUGGCUCCACUGCCUGACCACACCUGUCCCACGUGAGGGCUCUCUGGGGUCUCCCAAUGAGCAGAUGAGUCCCUGGCGAUUUUACAUGUUGGUGGCCCACCCCGAUUGGCUUGAUCCUCGAUGCAAAUGUCAGGGAUGAAUUCUGAGCAGGGUCACCCUGGGUCUGUACCCCCUGGGACCUGUAACAUUUAAACCUCUCUCAGGGUAUGUCAUGAACAUACAGCUAAGGGUAGCAUAAAAUCCCUCCUUUACCUGUAAAGGGUUAAGAAGCUCAAAUAACCUGGUUGGCAGCUGACCAAAAGGACCAAUAAGGGGAGAAGAUACUUUCAAAUCUGUGGGGGAAGGUUUUUGUUUUGUCUCUCUCUGUGUAGUCUCCCCAGGUCAGCGAGAAAUCAAGACAGGGAAAAUACAUCUCCCAAAGUCAUACCUGAACUAAGCAUCUAAGAUUACAAACUGUAAGUAAUAGGAAGGAAAUGCAUUAGAUUAUCUUUUGUUUUAGCUUGUGAAUUGUCCCUAUGCUAAGAGGAACCAUUAUUCCCUUUUUUUUUUGAAACUUUAAAGUUUUGCCUAGAGGGGAAUCCUCUGUGUUUUGAAUCUUAUUACCCUGUAAAAUUACUUUCCAUCCUGAUUUUACAGAGGUGCUUCUUUUACCUUUUUUUCUUUAUAAUAAAGUUCUGUUUUUUAAAGAA